UAACCAGGCCUAAUUAAUUUUACCGCAAGAGGGUUUUCUUCAUCACCUUCCUCCCUCAAAUCUCUCUCAAUCAUCCAUCUUUACACCAACCUCUAGGAAUCUUGUCAGCUUCGUUUAGAUCGUGUUUCUGAGCUCAUAUCAUAUCCAAGACAUAUAUACUUCUUCUCUUCAAAGAUGGCACUUCGUCUACCAGCUUCUAAAGCAGCUGAAUUUGCGAUUGGUUCAAUUGGCUGCGGUUAUGAUUUAGCUAUCGAUGUACGUUUGAAGUAUUGUAAAGAAUCACGUUUGCUUGACAUUCAAGACGGUGAAGACACUCGCGAGAUUGCUUUACCUGGUGGUAUCACUAUCCCUAAUGUCUCAAAGUCUAUCAAAUGCGAUAAAGGAGAGCGCAUGAGGUUUAGGUCUGAUGUUCUUUCUUUCCAACAGAUGACAGAGCAGUUUAACCAAGAACUGUCUUUGGCUGGUAAAAUCCCAUCAGGUCUCUUCAACGCCAUGUUUGAAUUCUCUGGCUGCUGGCAGAAAGACGCAGCCUUUACCAAGAACCUUGCCUUUGAUGGGAUCUUCAUCUCCUUUUACACGGUUGCUUUGGACAAAUCUCAAAUUUUGCUCCGUGAGCAUGUUAAGCAGGCUGUCCCUUCAACAUGGGACCCCGCUGCAUUGGCUAGGUUUAUAGAUACUUAUGGGACGCAUAUAAUUGUGGGUGUUAAGAUGGGAGGGAAAGAUGUGAUUUAUGCAAAACAGCAACACUCUUCUAAACUUCAACCUGAUGAUCUCCAGAAAAGGUUGAAAGAGGUGGCUGAUAAGAGGUUUGUAGAAGCUGCUAGCCGAGUCCAGAACACAGCUUCGGAUAGAAUACAUCCAACUAGUAAGGUGGAAGCAAAGGAGCAACGCCUGAGAUUUGCAGAUACCAAUUCACUGGGCUCUUAUGCAAAUAAAGAGGAUAUUGUCUUCAUGUGCAAAAGGAGAGGUGGAAACGAUAAUAGGAACCUAACGCAUAACGAAUGGCUACAAACAGUUCAGACGGAGCCUGAUGCUAUCUCCAUGUCUUUGAUUCCAAUAACUUCUUUGCUUAAUGGAUGUCCAGGAAGUGGUUUCUUGAGCCACGCCAUUAAUCUCUAUUUAAGAUAUAAGCCACCGAUCUCAGAGCUACAUCAGUUCUUAGAGUUUCAGCUACCAAGGCAGUGGGCUCCAGUGUUUAGUGAACUUCCUCUUGGUCCUCAAAGGAAGCAACAAAGUUGUGCGUCUCUUCAGUUCAGUUUCUUCGGGCCUAAGCUAUUCGUCAACACCACUCCGGUUGAUGUCGGGAAGAGGCCAAUCACCGGCAUGCGUCUCUACCUAGAAGGACGAAGAAGCAACCGUUUAGCGAUCCAUCUGCAACACCUCUCCUCUCUUCCCAAAAUAUUCCAGCUCGAAGACGCUCCGAACACAACCAUGCGGCACGACUCCCACGACCGUCGAUACUACGAGAGAGUGAACUGGAAGAACUACUCACACGUCUGCACAUCACCCGUCGAGUCAGAAGACGACCUCGCGGUUGUAACAGGCGCGCAGUUCCUCGUGGAGAGCCACGGGUUCAAGAACGUGCUCUUCCUGCGCCUUGGUUUCUCCAGAGUCGUGGGAACGAUGCUGGCCAAGAACUACGAGUGGGACGAAGCGGUGGGGUUUGCUCCCAAGUCGGGGCUCAUCUCGACGCUGAUAAGCCAUCACUUCACCGCGCCGCAGAAACAGCAGCAGCCGCAGCCGCGUCCUGCGGAUGUGAAUAUAAACUCUGCUGUUUACCCCGGUGGACCGCCGGUGCCGGUGCAGGCUCCUAAGCUUUUGAAGUUUGUGGAUACGAGUGAGAUGACGAGAGGGCCGCAGGAGUCGCCGGGGUAUUGGGUUGUGUCUGGUGCGAGGUUGCUGGUGGAGAAGGGGAAGAUCUCGUUGAAGGUGAAGUACUCCUUAUUGACUGCGAUAAUGGAAGAUGAAGCAGUAGAGGAAACAUAUGAAGGUUGAGGUGGUUGUGUGUGUGUGUGUGUGUGUAAAUUAGUAAUUUGUAAUGUAACUGUGUGUGUGUGUGGGAGAGCGAGAGA